GCUCAAUCGGUUAUUUUUGUGUUAUGAGUGUUUGCUACAAGCAAUCGAUAAUGGAUUAUGAGCCUCCAUUGCUAGAAGCCUACAAGACGCUUCUCCAAAGCUCGUCACAUAAGAGAAUGAAGAAUGUGAAAUCAACAUCAUCAAUAUUAUCAAAAGUACUAGAGAGUAGUGGUGAGGUGCCUGUGAUUGAUCUGGGCCGUUUAAAUAGUACUGACCAUCUUGAAAGAGAAGAUUGCAUGAAGGAAAUCAUUGAGGCUGCUAAACAAUGGGGUUUUUUCCAGGUUGUGAAUCAUGGCAUCUCACAACACCUCUUGCAGCAGCUUCUGUUAGAGGAAAUCAAAGUGUUUCACAGGCCUUUUGCAGAUAAGUCUCAACAAUUUUCCACAACUACUCAUUACAAGUGGGGCAACCCUUUUGCUAGUAAUCCUAGGCAACUCCUAUGGUCAGAAGCCUUUCACAUAUCUGUUCCACUUGGACAAACAAAUAUGGGCGACGACCAACCCAAAUGUCUGAGAUCAAUUAUUGAAGCAUUUGCUAGCAAGGUGGCUGCUUUGGCAGAAAUGUUGGCGGAAAUUCUAAGUCACGAGUUGAACAUCAAAUCCAGCUAUUUCCGAGAAAGGUGUUUGCCAAACACGAGUUUUCUUCGGCUAAAUAGAUAUCCACCAUGCCCCAUUCCCAAGCAGGUGUUUGGGUUUUUGCCUCACACUGACUCCACUUUCCUCUCCAUUGUGUACCAAGACCAAGUUGGGGGAUUGCAAUUGAUGAGAGAUGGAAAAUGGCUUGGAGUGAAACCUAAUCCUCAUGCUCUCUUGGUCAAUAUCGGUGACUUAUUUCAGGCACUGAGCAACGGAGCAUACAGAAGCAUAAAACAUAGAGUGGUGGCUGCAAAGAAGGAAGAAAGGUUCUCUGCAGCAUAUUUCUAUAGGCCUUCCAAUGACGCAGUGAUAGAGAGCCAUGGCACCCCCCGGCUAUACAGAAGCUUCACUUUCAGAGAGUACAUACAGCAGAAUGAGAAAGAUUUGAAGCAAACUGGUGAUAAAGUGGGCCUCUCUAGGUUUCUUUAUGUGCAAUAACCUUAGUGAUGCAAAAAUUACCAGGUCUCUCCAGAAUUAACGGAUAUUAAUAAUAAUACUAUAGAGAUUGCAGUUUGGGCAUUGGUACUAUAGUUAUCUUCAAAAGUGGUACUAGAGUCGUUGAAUGUUGUGUGGAGCUCGCCUUUUUUGUAUAUAAAGUCAAAAGUACUUUAUAGCUAAAUUAUGAGCCCGUGCUUGACAAGGUAA